ACAGGCAAAGGAAUUAGAGGGGGUGCGGGCGCAGAAGAAAGUAGAUUGUGCAGUGAAAUCUGUUGAUGGGUUUCACAGCUACUAUUGGGAAAUAUCAGCUUGGAAGAACCAUUGGUGAAGGUACCUUUGCUAAGGUUAAGCUGGCUCUGGACACAGUUACCAAGCAGCAUGUUGCAGUCAAGAUCAUUGAUAAGCAGAUGGUCAUGGAUAACAAGCUAAUGGAACAGGUAAAGAGAGAGAUUAGUACAAUGAAACUGCUGCAUCACCCCAACAUUGUCCGAAUUUAUGAGGUUACUGCCACCAAGACCAAGAUCUUCAUAAUAAUGGAAUAUGUUUCGGGAGGCCAACUCUCAGACAAGUUGUCAUAUCUCAAAAAAAUCAGUGAAAAGGAAGCUAGGCAAUACUUCCAGCAAUUGAUCGAUGCAGUGGACUAUUGUCAUAGUAGGGGUGUAUAUCACAGAGAUCUGAAGCCUGAAAACCUGCUAUUGGAUGGACAAGGAAAUCUGAAAGUCUCAGACUUUGGACUCAGUGCAUUGCGGAAGCCUGGCGAUUUGCUAUCAACGGCUUGUGGCUCUCCAUGCUAUGUAGCUCCAGAGGUAAUUGCCAACAAGAAGUACAAUGGAGCAACUAUAGAUAUCUGGUCAUGUGGAGUAAUCUUAUUCGAAUUACUUGCUGGUUAUCUACCCUUUGAUGACCGUAACCUGAUGAAUUUGUACCGAAAGAUAUCCAGAGCAGAGUACACAUGUCCAGAGUGGUUUACAGCAAGCCAAAGGAAACUACUUUUCAGAAUACUUGAGCCAAUGCCUAAUAGGCGGAUGACAAUAGCAGAGAUUCUAGAAGAUGAAUGGUUCCAAACAGGUUAUGAGCCUUCUGCAGGAAUUGAAUGUGAAAUCAACUUGGAUGAUGUUAAUGCAGCAUUUGAUGGGAUCGGGGAAAAAAAUGAGACAGGGAUGCCCAAAUCCUCAAGUUUCAUCAAUGCUUUCCAGCUUAUAGCAAUGUCUAGUGACCUUGAUUUGUCAGGUCUCUUUGAAGAGCAGGUUGAAGACAAACAGAGAACAAGGCUUGGUUCCAAACAUUCAAUCAAUGAGACCAUAGAGAAAAUUGAAGUUGCUGCAAAAGAUGCAAGUCUCUCAGUUGAAAGGAUGAACAUGUCAAAGGUGAAAAUUCAUCAGAAACAAAAGCUGACAAGGUGUUCUAGAUCAUAUUUCAACCUAUCAGCUGAGGUGAUCGAAGUGACACCCACACAUUGUGUGAUAGAAAUAUCAAAAUCUGCAGGGGAGCUCGGAGUGUACAAUGAGUUCUGCAAAAGCUUAUCAAGUCUGCUGAUGGAGAACCCCAAUGUUAGAUCAGAAUCAGAUAGGCCCAGUACAGUCAGUGUUGAUGGUAGAGAGAACCAAUGCAGUUCCGAAAGGGAAGAGAGCAAAACGGAUAAAGAACUUUGUGGCUACAAUACCUUCUGACAAACCAGUCUCGCUUUUUAAAAAAUCCUUGCUGUUUGUGAUUCCGGAUUGUUCAUGGAAAACAGAGAUGUAUAGUGAAUUGCGGAACAACCCAUUCUUGAAAUAAGAGCAUUGGAGCAACGAGAGAGA